UUAUGCAAAAUUCCAAUAAAAUGCAUUUGAUUCUCUUCCGAGCCUGAGCUCACACUGUGAAACUGCAAGAAAAUUCAGGGUUGAAUAUUCAUUUGGGGAAGAAACGAGAGAGAGAGACUGAUAGUCAUGGCAGCCAGAACAUUAGGAGGAAGAUGCAGGAUGCUAAUGGCAGCAGCCAAGGAGGCCGCUUUGAAAACGGCAUCGUCUCCUGCCUCGGCUACUGCUCCAAAGCCUGCUCGCUCCAACGUGGGCUUGAUGAAGUUGGUCCCAGUCUCUACUGAGCUCGGCAGCUUCCUUGGCUCUAAAGAAGCCUCUCGAAGCGACGCCGUUAAGAAAGUUUGGGAAUAUGUCAAGCUUCAUGACCUGCAGAACCCAGCUAAUAAGAAGGAGAUCUUUUGUGAUGAGAAACUGAAGACUAUCUUUGCUGGGAAAGACAAGGUUGGAUUUGGGGAGAUUGCUAGAUUGCUGUCUCUACAUUUUGUCAAAUCUUCUUAAAACCGGACUUGGAGAAACUUUUGGUAUCUGGGUGUUGUGUUUUCUUAGGUAGAACUUCUGAUGGUGGAUGGGUUGUUCUUUGUAUUUUGUUGUUAUUCUGAAAUGUGAAAGGUAGCUUGUACUUAUUACCUAAAAGGGUGCUAAUGUUUAGACCCUGAAAAACAUAUGCUUGUUUGACUCAUCUAUUGAGAAAUGAUGUCAUAUGAUAUGAAGAUGGUAAAGGUUAGCUAGUUGGGUGAUUAAAA